AUGAAGAGGUGCACCAUGACCUUUAGCACGCUUGUGCGAAGGAGGGCCUUCUUGCCCCUGAUCACACCGCACAACAUCUGUUCGUGGGCCUUCGUAGGGAACCGUAGUUACGCUUUGUUACGCACCUUGUCCCCCCACACGUGUCCUGCAGCUGUGAGCUGUUCCACUCGAAGCCCAUCCAUCAGGCGCUCUCAUCUGCCACUCGUGACGGCACCGAUGACCGAUUGCCUCCUUCACGGGCGCCGGCAGUUAUUUACUGCAGGUGAAACAGUGGAAGAAGUGGGCACGGACAACGGUGGUUGUGGACUCCCAGAAGCGGAGGCGCUGUUGCGGGAAAGGUUUGGCCCGCAGGCCAAACUUGUGCUCCGGCGUUGCCAGCGGCGCCACUCGAGGAAUUCAACCAAGGCAGCUCCACACGGUGAGGAAGAAGAAGAGGUUGUAGAAGACGACGAACCCGUAGGAGGGGGUGCUUCAUUUGAUUCAGAAGAACAAUCAAAGCAAGAGCAGCAACUGUGUGGUGUCACGGAAUACCGAGCAUCCGCUACGUGUCGUUUGCUAGGCUUCCCCUUAGAGCUAGCGGUGGCGAGCGGAGGCGAGGCAAAGGAAGUUUUGCACGCGGUGCUGAAUGAUGCGUUAGAAAGCGACGUAGUUUUUAUUCACCCACAGCAAAGGGCCUCCGCUUCAUCGCAUGGGUGCCGCGGUACGGGACGUAACCGCGGAUAUCAAAAAAGAGGUAGCUAUCGUAAAGGCAAGGAAGAGCCGACGCUAUCGCCACGUCAAUUGGAGCUUAAAGCAAUCAUCGAUGAACUGAGAGAGUUGUGUGUUCACUUUAGCCGAGUGCUUAAGUUUUCUAUUAAGUCCCCGCGGAACUCCUCUGGGAAGCAAGGGCAAGAAUCAGAACAAGGGGCAGAUUUGAGGUGGCGGUGCCGUGCCUAUGAGCGUGAUGAAUGGGGCAUGACGCCCUCCCUUUCCUUCAGCGCAGAGGCCCGUGGUCAAUCCGCAAACGACUCGUUGGUGCGUUGCCUGGCGAUGCUGCGUGAUCGCUACCGUGCGGAAUUGGAGUCACCUUCUGUUCAGUUGGAAAGCGUCCGUGAGGUUGAGGUCCUCGUACGGCCUUGGGAGAAAAUUGUGGAAAGCCAUUGUUUCGAGGAAUGCACUGAGGGUUCGUUGGAAAAAGAAAAAGGUGACUCCCAGAGGCAUGACCAGGAAACUCCGUCGCCAUCAUCACCAUCACCGGUCACGUGCCACGGGGAGGGAGCUGAGCCAACAGAGCCCAUUCCCGUAGAGGAACAGUACCGUGUGCUUCGGGCGGCAACAUUUACUGCUGCCGUUACCGUGGAGGACGCACGGGGAAACAUAAGCGUUCACCAGGUGAAGCGGCAGGCCACACCAUUAGUUGCCUAUCAAAACGCAUCGUUGCAGGCACUACGGGCUGAGUUAACUUUCUCGCCCGAUGCAAACAUCGCCACUCAGCUUCUCCCAUCCUCGCCGCUCCUCGUUCGGAUGCGCUGGCAGUUUGAUGCGAUGGUGCAGCACCUCUCCCGGGAAUAUGGAAAGAAAACGGAGGAUAUUGCUUUGGUGCGUGUUGAGGGUGAUGGUGCUGGCGAUGACAAGGAACGGGAUAUUUCUACCGCGCCGAAGGACGGUGACGGUGAUCAGGGCGUGCCACACGGAAAGCAUCGAUACUUCUUUACCGCUUCCUUCACGUCAGAUGGGUGUGUUGUUUGGCAGCAAAGCGGUCCUGGUCGUUAUCGCCUCGAGUUUGACUGCUAUGUGCAGGCGCUUACGUACCUUCUUGACCAGUACCCCGAGGUGGGUCGCGUUUACUUCGAUCCACGAGGCGGGGGUGUUUUCUUCCCAACUACGCAACUUCUAAGCCUCGCUGUUCAAAAACAUGACAAUUACAACGUGGCUACCAACCACCGUGGGAAAUGGAAUGCCUAUGCACUCCUGGGAACCCUAACCUCGCAGCUCAUUGGAAGUUUUUACCAGACAACUUAUCACACUGACCGUGCCACGGGCGAAGCCACAGCAGUGCUUACAGUUGAUGAUGGUUUGCGUUCGAAUCAGCUUCUAAUUGAGCGGCGCGCAAGGAAGAGGGGUGAGGCGUGGCGCAAUGCUUGCCUUGACGCACUGAGGGAAAAUUUCCCCAAUCAGUACCGUGAUGCACUGUUGUUGCACCCAGAUAUUGAUCUUUCUGGAGAUACAAUGGCUCGUGGAAGCAAAUUUCGGGCUCUUCCCCGUGAAAAGCGAGUGGAGCAUAUGGGAAACAUUUUUUCGCUUGUUUCUGCCUUUGCCGAGGAAGAUUUGGGGUGGCACAACUUGAGGGUGAGGUUACGCAACGCAUCAGGUGACUUGGGUCUUCCCCAGUGGGUUGCGGAGAUGGAGGCGCAGGUGGAGGGUGAAGAGCAGCGGCGUGUCGUCGCCGUGUCACCUCCGUAUCCGCAGGUUAAACAUGCCCGACGUGUCCUCGUUUAUUCGCUCGCAAAAAGGUACUUUCCAAAGGAACUUGAGGCGUACGCGAAGCUGAACCGUGGCGACGCAGUGAAUCCCGACCAGGAUGCACAAAACGUGUACAACUCUGUGUUUCGAGUUGGGUCGGAAUCGUUCGUCCACCAGGUUAUGCUGCUGUUGGAGGAACAAGCGCCAAGCAUGGCCCCUUUCACAUGGAGUUUGGAGCAGCAGGAAUCGGAUGGCGCUGAAGAGGAGGCGGGGAACGAUGGAAGUGUCGAGUACCUGCUGCGACCAUUCCGUGCCCGCUUUCGUGCCGCUGUAUGUGGCCAGAAAGGUGACUUGCUUGUCAGCGAACGUAUUGGUGAGGAGGGCGAGAGCGCUGCAUGUGUGCUGUGUAGUGCGCUGAGGGCGGCCACGAACCGACUAGCUGGCGACAAGGGUGAACAGUUGUGGACAGAAUAUGAGUGCCACGCCCCCCCACCCAUAACCAAUUCGCGUGAACUUUCGCUCUACAUGUUCAACACCUUCUUUGGUGUGUCUACCGGCACUGCUACUGCCAUUGAGGACGAUGGAGCAUCACCUUCCACGGUGGAGCAACAGGUGGUUGAUAUUGAUGCAAGGGAGCUUGGAGGGUAUUGGUUCGUGACUCUUUCCUUCUCGAGGGCGGGGGGUUUGGCGGUUGCGCGGGCAGUCGCCACGUCAAAGCGCGAGGGGGUGCGUGACGUGCUGCUUCUCGCAUGUCGGCAGAGCUUCCCAAGAGCACUGACGUAUCUUUCAGCACACUCCAAGGAGAUUCAUUCCUUUGCUGAAGAAAUACUUACGGCACCAGUGGUGGAAGUGUUGCCAGCAGCCGUUUUGCGAGACCUCCAGCGUCAACUUGAGCGAGCAGAGUCGGCAGGUCCUCCUCGGCCUUACACACUUUUGCGACGGUGUGUUACUCGGGAGUUUCGCAAUGAGCGCUGGCUGCGUGUCGAGCAACAGCCGAGCAACGGUGGUGGAUUUCAGUGCCGCAUUUACUUACAGAGGCAUAGGAGGGAAACAAGGAAGGGCGAGGUGCAAUUGGUGGGGUUUGGUGCGGCACUUACGAGGGCGCAAGCCCUCCACAUCGCCUCUUUACGUGCUCUGGAAAAUUUGUUUGAACAGGAUCUUGCGGACGCCAUUGCACGCUCACCAACCUAUACUGACCUACCGCCACUUGAAUAG